AUACAUACUUCCGGUUAACAAGGUUCAGAAGUAGAAAGUGAAGCAUUCUGCUGCUUGUAAACAGGAACUCAAUAGAUUUUAGAAUAUAGCAACAGUCAUAUAUACAAUAUUGCUAGCCCUUGUCACUUGUUAGGGAUGUAAUGCUCUCCUCUGUAAAAAGAGCAGUUUGUAAUAAAAUCAUUACCGAUCAUUGUUCGCUUCACACAUUAUCAUCUGAUGAAUAUGUGAAAAUCAUUGAAAUCUACGGCCGUGAUCGAGCAUUACAAUCAGGCAAAGCUUUACAUGGUCACCUGGUUGUUAAUGGGCUAUCUCGUUUGACCCAUUAUGCUUCCAAGCUUGUGGCAUUUUAUACCGAGUGCAGACAGUUAAAUGAUGCCCGGAAAGUAUUCGACAAAAUUCCUCAAACAAACGUCCGCCGCUGGAUAGUUCUUGUUGGCGCCUAUGCUCGUCACGGCUUUCACCAGGAGGCUAUGGAUGUUUUUUGUGAGAUGCAAGUAGAAGGCGUGGAACCCAACAAAUUUGUUUUCCCCAGCAUUCUGAAAGCCUCAGGACACCUGUCUGAUAAACGUACUGGAGAGAAGAUACAUACUGUAGUUCUUAAAAAUGGAUUUGAAACUGACGCAUUUGUUGUAAGUGCAUUAGUAGAUAUGUAUGCAAAAUGUGGAAAAAUUGAUAAGGCAAGGUCGGUGUUUGAUAACUUUGGUGAAAAGGAUUUGGUGACUUUGAAUGUAAUGGUAUCAGGCUAUGUUCACCAUAGGUGUGUAGAAGAGGCUCUGAAUUUGGUCAAAGAAAUGCAGUUAACAGUUAUUAAACCAAAUGUGGUAACUUGGAAUAUAUUGAUUGCGGGUUUUUCACAAGCUGGUGAUGAAUCAAUGGUCGGUAAACUUUUUCAAUUGAUGCAAGAUUCCGGUGUAGAGCCUGAUGUAGUGUCCUGGACUUCAGUUAUUUCUGGAUUUGUGCAGAAUUUCCGAUACAUGGAUGCUUUUGAUACAUUCAAGAAAAUGUUUGGUGUUGGCAUGCUUCCAACUUCAGCUACUAUUAGUAGUCUUUUGCCUGCUUGUGCAACUCUAGCAGAUUUGAAGCACGGAAAGGAAAUUCAUAGUUAUGCAGUGGUGAGAGGAUUUGAAGAAGACACGUUUGUAAGUAGUGCUCUCAUAGACAUGUAUUCCAAAUGUGGAUCACUAUAUGAAGCAAAAACUUUAUUUACGAAUAUGUCUGAAAGGAAUACAGUUACUUGGAACUCCAUGAUCUUUGGAUAUGCAAAUCAUGGUUACUGCGAAGAAGCUAUUCACCUUUUCAAUCAGAUGGCAGAUGAAGGAGAAACAAAAGUAGACCACUUAUCUUUCACAGCAGCUCUAACGGCUUGCAGUCUUGGUGGAAUGACUGAACUAGGCCAAGCUUUGUUCAACUCAAUGCAAGAAAAUUAUCAUAUCAAGCCAAGAUCAGAGCAUUAUGCCUGUGUUGUGGAUUUAAUGGGUAAAGCAGGAAAGAUAGACGAGGCUUAUGAUAUGAUCCAGAAGAUGCCUAUUGAACGCGAUAAGUUUGUAUGGGGUGCACUAUUAGGGGCAUGUAAACAACAUGGUAAUGUAGAUAUUGCUGAAAUUGCAGCUAAGCAUCUGUCCAAGCUUGAGCCUGAGAGUGCAGGAAGCAGUUUGGUGCUAUCAAGUUUGUACAUGGAUGCUGGAAGUUGGAGAGAUUCUGCCAGAGUGAAAAGGAGGAUGAAGAAAAGAAAACUGGAGAAGUUGCCCGGCUGCAGUUGGAUCAAUAGCACAUGAUAUUUACCCUAAACGGAGAGAAAGCUUCAAGCAAGCAGCGCAAGCCAGAGGGGCCAAGAAGUCAGGACGAUACUCCAUCUUCUCUCAGAACAAGAUAUUGAGAGUUCAAAGUUCGAUAUCAUUAUGUGUGCUCAAGUAACCAAAAUCUCUCAUCUCGAUAACAAGAUAUUGAGGGUUCAAAGUUUCGAUAUUACCAAC